AUGUCUUCCACUGAGCGGGCAGACAGCUCGAGAGAAAGCAUAGACGUGUGCUCGAGGGAGCGCUUCCCAACUACCGAACAUAGCGAUGAGGGCGAUUUGGAAGGAGAGAAGCUGGAGGAUAAUGUCGAUGGAACGUUCGCUCCCAUCAGUGGUCGAAUUGCUUCCCAUGAAGACCGGCUGCGCAGACAUCAGUCCGCCUCAUCACAUCCCCUCGAGCGCAGCUGGUCCCUGAACGACGGCUACAGCUUCCAUACUACCGACGAAGAAGCCGCUGCAGAGAGAGUCAUCAGCCGGAAAGAAGGAGGGGGUACCGAUGAAGUGGAUGACUUCAUUGUCAGUUGGGACGAAGAUGAUCCAAUGAAUCCCCGCAAUUUCAACACGUUGAGACGGUGGCUCAUCGUGAUUAUCUGCUCAUCAGGCUCCUUAUGCGUGACUUGUACUUCGUCGAUGUAUACCGUCACCUAUGAUCAGAUCACCAAAGAAUUCAAUUGCUCUCGGUUGAUCGCGACCCUAGGCCUGUCAUUCUUCAUCUGGGGUCUCGCGGUCGGGCCGCUUUUCCUAGGGCCUUUGUCGGAGUUCUAUGGUCGAAGACGGAUCUACAUUUGCUCAUUCUCAUUCUUCUUGAUAUGGCUGAUACCAUGCGCCGUGGCCCCAAACAUCCAGACUCUAAUCAUAUGCCGCUUUUUCAAUGGGAUUGCUGGGAGCGCAUUUCUCAGCGUCGCCGGUGGCACAGUGGGUGAUUUGUUUGCCCGCCAUGAGCUGAGUGCUCCGAUGAUGCUUUACACGAGUUCUCCAUUCAUUGGUCCCGAGGUGGGCCCGCUGGUCGGGGGGUUUAUCAAUCAAUUCACCACAUGGAGGUGGACGUUCUAUGUGCUUCUCAUCUGGACGGGCGUUUUGCUGGUCUUGAUUAUCUUCCUCGUGCCCGAGACGUAUCAUCCAGUGCUCUUGAGACGCAAGGCCCGGAAGCUCCGCAAGGAGACUGGAGAUGAUAGGUGGCAGGCCCCUAUUGAAAAGUUGCAUCGCUCGGUCGCGCAGACGGUUUUGCGGUCGAUCUAUAGACCCUUGCUUCUUCUGACGUUGGAACCGAUGUGUCUGAACCUCUGUAUCUUCUCAGCCAUCCUGUUGGGUAUACUCUACCUCUUCUUUGGCGCGUUCCAGUUAGUCUUUGACAAUGUCUACGGCUUCGAGCUGUGGCAACGUGGUCUUUGCUUCCUCGGCCUGUUCGUCGGCAUGCUUUUUGCCAUCUUCUCCGACCCCUUAUGGCGCCGCAAUUACGUCCGUCUGGAAUUGAAUCACGAGAAGGCUGUGGGACGGUCUGACGACUACCAACCGGAGUGGCGACUACCCCCAGCGAUCGCUGGAGGCCCACUUGUCACCAUUGGGCUGUUUAUAUUUGCCUGGACAAUCUAUUCCCACGUGCACUGGAUUGUACCGCUCAUCGGCAGCGCGUUCUUUGGAGCUGGGACCAUUCUUGUGUACUCGGGAGUCUUCACUUUCUUGGUCGAUGCGUACCCGACCUAUGCUGCGAGUGCUCUGGCGGCCAACAGCUUCGCUCGCUCCAUUUUCGGCGGCGUCUUCCCUCUUUUCGGUAUUCAGAUGUACAACAACCUAGGCUAUCACUGGGCAACCUCCCUGCUUGCAUUUCUGACGCUUGUCAUGGCACCCUUCCCGUAA